CACUCGCAUUUUCCUCUUCUUCUCUUGAUCCAAGAUACGAGUACUACUCAACUAGCGGAGUACAUCGGCAAAGAAAAAAGAAUCGAUUUUUACCUCUCGUUUCGUGUUGUUCAGUGCUGCAAGCAAAGCAAGCUGAUGAACUGGAUUGAAUGCCCUAAUAACUUAGUCUAGCAGCAAUCAGCAGCAGCAGCUUGUCUUUUGCCUUGGCCGCUGGCGAUUGGUGAUCCCCAUCUCUAGAAACCACCAAUCAUUACCACCACCCUCUCUGUUUUGUCCUAAUCCUCCUCCUCUUUCUCCUUGUGAUGAUUUAGUAAUUAUUAUUAUAUCAUCACUCACAGCAGCUUCCCAAUCAGUUCCAUCCUUCGUUUUUCCCUGAUUGCCACCUUUCUUUCUUUCUCCACAUCUGACCUGAGAGAGAGGGAGAGAGAAUGUGGGUGUGAGAGGAUCUGAUCUUCUCUCUAGACUGACUCGAUUAGCAUACAGCAUUCAGACCCCAUCCAGUUAUUUUCUUAUCUCCUCUCUUUCAUGGACUGGAUGAAUGAAUCUCUCCCAUUCUCCAAGAUAGAAAGAGAUAGGGAAAGUAAGAACACCCAGAAGCAGAAGGCUGCCUACUCUACUUUUUGUCAUGAUUCUGUGAAGUCUAAGAAAGGAGAAGGGAGAAAAGCUGCCGCAGGAGGUGGAGCCUAGAGGGGAAAAAGAUGGAUCAGAUCAGAUCAGACCAGCUUUAUCUUGAUUUCGAUUUGAGUACUCUCACUCCUCCAAAUGGCUCGUUGCGGCGUGUGCUCUCGCGGCGUCAAGAGCGGCGGCAGCUCGGCGGUGUUCACGGCGGAGUGCUCCCACACCUUCCACUUCCCCUGCAUCGCCGCCCACGCGCGCUCCUCCUCCGCCGCCGCCGUCCUAUCAUGCCCCGUCUGCGCCUCGCCGUGGCGCCAGGCCCCCUUCCUCGCCUCCCUCCGCCUCCACUGCUCCUUCCACGACGACACCCACAAGCACCGCGACGGCCGCAAGACGCCGCCGCCCUCUUCUGGCCCCAAGCUGUACGACGACGACGAACCGCUGCUUGCGCCCAAGGCCGCGGCCAACGGCGGCGGUUUCAACCCGAUCCCGGAGGCCGACGAGGACGAUGGCGACGAGGAGGCAGAGUUCAGGGGCUUUUUCCCGCGCCCGAGGACCUCGGGGCUGGCGGUGACCAUGGCGCCGGAGGCCGCGCUGGUGUCGUCCGGGCGGAGGCACGGCAAGUACGUGGUGGCCAUCAAGGUCAAGGCACCCGGGCUGCGCUCGUCGUUGGUGGCCCCGAAGAGGCGCGCGCCCAUCGACCUGGUGACGGUGCUCGACGUCAGCCAGGGCAUGAUGGGCGAGAAGCUGCAGAUGCUCAAGCGCGGGAUGCGCCUCGUCGUCGCCUCGCUCGGUCCCGCCGACCGCCUCUCCAUCGUCGCCUUCUCCGGCGCCGCCAAGCGCCUGCUGCCGCUGCGUCGGAUGACCAGGCAGGGCCAGCGGUCAGCGCGCCAGAUCGUUGACCGCCUGGUGGUCUGCGCCGCGGCGCAGGGGCAGGAGCAGGCCCAGCAGAGCGCCUGCGUCGGCGACGCGCUGCGCAAGGCCACCAAGGUCCUCGAGGAUCGGCGCGACCGCAACCCCGUCGCCACGGUCAUGCUCCUGUCCGAUACACAGCAACAGCAGCAGCAAGAUUCGAGAAAGCAGGGCAGUGAUCACCACGUUGCCCGCCGGCCGUCCGUGGCUCCGGCCACUCGCUUCACACACGUCGAAAUCCCCAUCGGGCCAGGCGAGACGCCGCUUGUGGCCGAGGAGGAGAAGGCGUCCGAAGAGCCUCCCCCUGUGGAGCACGCGUUCGCCAAGUGCCUGGGCGGCCUUGUGAGCGUGGUGAUGCAGGAGGUGCAUCUGGAGCUGCUGUUCCCGACGGGGGAGAUCACUGCCGUGUACUCGUGCGGUCCCGGGCAGCAGGCCGUGUCCCUGGCCGGUGGCAACGGCGGCGCGGCGGUGAGCGUCCGGCUGGGCGAGAUGUACGCGGAGGAGGAGCGUGAGCUGCUGGUGGAGCUGCGUGCGCCGUUGGGCGCGCAGCACAAUCACCCGCAGUCGCUGUCGGUGCGUUGCAGCUACCGCGACCCGGCGUCGCAGGAGACGGUGCACGGCGCGGAGCAGCCGCUGCUGCUGCCGGCCCUCCACUCAUCAUCGCGGCGGCUGCACGACCUGUUCGUGGCGACCCGUGCGGUGGUGGAGUCACGGCGGUUGGCGGAGCUGCAGGACCUGGCGACGGCCAUCCACCUGCUGUCGUCGGCGCGGGCGCUGGUGCUGCAGUCGCCGCCGACGCAGCAGCAGCAGGAGCUGGUGGGCAGCCUGGACACGGAGCUGAGCGACAUGCGGUGGCGGCGCAGCCAGCAGCAGCCACUGACGCCGACGUCAAGGAGCGGCAGGAGGAGGGGGGAUGCGGAGACGACGCCCGUGGGUACCCCGCGAGGAUCAGGUCCAGGUGGGGAGCCGUUGACGCCGACGUCGGCGUGGCGGGCGGCGGAGCAGCUGGCGAAGGUGGCCAUUAUGCGCAAGUCCUUGAACCGGGUCAGCGAUCUGCACGGCUUCGAGAACGCCCGCUUCUGAUUCUGAUGCAUGCGUCACCUCACCUGUAAUUGAGUUGUUUGUUGAUUUUGUUUUCGAUUUUCCGCUUUGUGAAAUGAGAUGAAUCGCAGAGGAGGGAGGAAGAAGAGGAGAGUCCCCGCCCCGCGGUGUCGCCGGAGUGCAGGUAGAAGAGAGCAUGAGAUGUGCUAUUAUUGUUGUUGUUGUUACCCGUCAUAUGGAUUGUGGUGAUAAUUAGCCCAGUCAAAUAGGAUCCUUUCUUGUUAAUUAAAAGACAAUUGUAUCUAAAAUUUUAUUUUCUUC